UGCGAGAGUUGCUGCAGCUUGCGCCAGAGGCGUAAGCGGUGGGACUUUGCCCACGCCCCUCCCCCGGUGCGGAGGCCCCGCGCUCCCGUCCUGCCGCCGCCAUGGCUGCCCCGGGGCCGGCCCGGCUCCUCCGGGCCGCCGCCGUUUCCUCCCGCCGCUGGCUCUUCUCCGCCUCGCCGGCAGCCAGGACGAGGCUGGGCUGCGGCAGUGCCGCCGCUGUCGUGAGGGCAGCCCGGCUGUUCAGCCUCUCUGCCCGGGCGGCGCUCAGCUCAGAAGAUAAAAUAACUGUCCAUUUCAUAAAUCGUGAUGGUGAAAAACUAACAGCCAAAGGAAAACCUGGAGAUUCACUACUGGAUGUUGUUGUUGAUAAUAAUCUGGACAUAGAUGGUUUUGGUGCAUGUGAAGGAACACUAGCUUGUUCAACUUGUCAUUUAAUCUUUGAAGACCACAUAUUUGAGAAAUUAGAUGCAAUUACUGAUGAAGAGAUGGAUAUGUUGGACCUGGCGUAUGGCCUCACAGAAACAUCUUCUUUUCACAGAAUCACAGAAGGGUUGAGGUUGGAGGGGACCUCUUGGGGUCUUCUGGUCCAACCCCCUGCUCAAGCAGGGCCACCUGGAGCCGAUGCCCAGGACCAUGUCCAGACAGCUUUUGAAUAUCUCCAAGGAUGGAGACUCCACAACCUCUCUGAUCACGUUUAGGUUGCCAAAUCUGCUUGAAGAAAUCGAUGGAUGAUAUGACUGUUCGAGUACCAGAAGCUGUUGCCGAUGCUAGACAAUCAGUAGAUAUGAGUAAAAACUCCUAAAAGAAAAUAUCUUAGGGGUUUUAAAGAAACUUAAUUAUUUUUAUAACUUAUUUUUAAAUGUGUAAUUAAAUAUGGAAACUUACAUAAUUGUGAGUUCUUUUAUAUGACUAUUGAUUAGAUUAAUGCUAUUUUAAUUUUCUUUAUAGAACCUCCUAUAUUUUUACGCUUAAAAUGCAAUAAUAAUUCUUAUAACUGAUCAUUGGAUUAUAAGUAAUAGCAAGUGCAUUAUAGACUUCAUAUAACAUUAUUCUGCCAAAACCUUUAGUGACAUUUGAAAACUGGAUCGCUUUUACAAGACUUCUAAAAAUCCCUAGGCAUUUCUAGGUUUCAGACCUGGAUAUGUAAGAGAACAAAACUUGUAAGACUGCUUGGGGUCUUUUUAAAGUGUUGUCAUUAAAGAUGGUAUGCUCAGAGUUAAUUCACAUUCUCAGUAAAUAUGAUACUUCCUCAGCAAAUAGUGGAUUUUCAGGGUAGGUAUUUUCCAAACUUGGUAACACAUGAUGAACUUUGUGCAAAAAUACUGCUAAAACCAUGAAAUCUAGGGGCUGAUACAGAAUGUUGGCACCUGCAGCUUAAUUGCUGCAGUGCAUCUCUGUUGCCCAAACCAGAAGUUAAUAAACCUCAACUGUAUUUACAUUUGACUACACCACAAAUGCAGGGAUACACGUGGUUUAGAGUAAAGCUGUCUAAUGGGAGAGCAUAUCCAAUGGAGUUUAAUGUAAAUUCUUGCUGUUCUCUGAAGAUGGCUGAGUUGGGAUUGAAGAGGGCAAAUUUUGUCAAUGGAAGAUUUGUUCUGAAAUCUCUCUCCUACUUUCUCAGUUUUGAGCUUGUUCAGGAGGCAGUCUUAUGUCACCUAGGGCAUUCAGCUUGAAGAGAUUCCUGGAUACAGGGCCUUGCUCUCAGGAUCUUUUCAAUAAUGGUUGAUGAGAAAUGACCAAGUAUAUGUAUUCCAUACAGGUGGACUGGGUUCCCCAGAAGGGGUAGGGACACCCCUGCAGCAGGAUAGCCUGUGGACUGAUGAUGAAGAGCUUUCAGUUUGGUCCUUGUUUAGUCUUUCUAAAGUAGAUGAAAAUAAAAUAAUGUCUCUAAGACUCUAUCAUUCUCUCCAGUUUUUGUUGCCUGAAUAAUUAAAUGAAAUGAGUUUUACUAAUACAAUAACUGUUACCCUUAUAAGGUUAUUUUAAUAUUUUGGGCAUAUAUAUAACCUGUUAUUUACAUUUGAAUGAUAUGAUCCAUUCAUUAAUGCCUUAUUUGAAUUGGUGACAAUGACAUCUAAACAUAUUUUCUUGCAUUACUAUAUUUAUGGGAGAAGGGAAGAAAUUUAUUUUUCCAGGGUCGAAUAUUGGGAUUAUUUUGAGCCUCAUAAGAGAAAAAAGAAAGUCCCUCUUUGUUAUUAAAAAAAUACUUUCUAGAACUGUAUUAAAAAUAGAUCUAGUUCAGACUCCUUGAUUUCUUCUCUGAGUAGCUAUUACUUUGUUUCCUAGUGUUCCCUUUGGACUUUCCCCUAAAACAAGAUAUCCCUAAUGCAGGCUGCUAAGAUCUUAGUCAUACAGGGUUUUCAAAAUACACUUCCUAUCUCAUCUAAGUCAAAAUAUGACUUCAGAGUUGAAAUUUCCUGGCUCUUUGAAAGACUUGGACUGAGGUUGGGAGAAGGGUGGAAGUAAAUUGAAGAAGUGUUCUGAAGAUAUUGCUGUCUUCCUCUUCAACAGCUGUGACUAACCAUAAUUUAGAGGUUAUCUUCCCACAGUCAGGGGCUAAGGUAAAUCCAUUCUCACUUUGUAUUGCCUUUGUCCUGAGUUCAUUUAUAUACAGUAAUUAUUAUUAGAUCUUGAACCUCUUUUACGUGAGACACAGCUCUUUAACUUCCAAGAGAGGGAAUUUGCGUACUGUGUAUUCUUACAUCAGAAGGAAAUCUGAGGUUUCGGUAUAGCUGUGAGGUUUAGGGGUAAAUGUUGGUGUUUGAGUUUUGGUGUUUUCUUAGGGGUUUGUUUGGGGUUGGUUUUUUUUUUUUUUAGAUACAGCACCAGGCACUUCUCCUUGUGGGAGUCUUGAAGCGCUUAAAACAGCUGAACAAAUGUGAAACAACUUUCAUGCCACAGUUUUCUUUCUAAGCCAAGGUGGUUUCAUUGUGCGUUUCCUGUUACAGCUUCUCAUUACAAAGACUUUGAUUUUCCUGUCGUGCCCCUGUGGAAGGAAUUAUUUGUUUAGCACAGCAAGGCGGGGGGCGGGGGGAAAGGACCCUUAAAAGUUCAUCUUGAAUUUUAGAGGUAUCCCAUAGUGCAUGCAGAUGGAGAUCUUGGGAAGGCAAAGGACCUGACAUGUAAUCCCCAAAAUGCACAGCUCGAAGAUACUUGUUUCCUUAUUGUCAAAAUGAUUUGCAAAUAAAUUGUAUUUUAUACCACUUUCUGACA